CUGCCGGGGAGGAGUCCAGCUCUACCUGCAGGCGCCCUCUGCAGGUUUUGGUGUGUGCUUGUCCAUCUUGAACUGUUGGACCCUUGCGGGCCCCCAUGGCCAAUGUCCCGCCCCCUUAAUAAGGUGGUGACAGGUGUUUCUGCACCUGUUUCCCCCCCCCCAUUAGCCACACCUGCUGCUCCCAGCUAGGGCUGGUGGGUGGGGUGUGGACCAGGAAGUGCAGAGGGGGCGGGACCGCGGUGGGGGAGGGGUACGUGGGAACAGGUGAGUUGCUCCCCUUUUUCCCAAAGCUUGAGUCUGGCGGGCUAUUUGACCCUGGGCCAGUAACCCGAUGAGUGUGUUUCCCGGGCUGGGGCCUUCCCGUACCCGCACUUUAGGCCUUUCCCAGGCACCUGCCGUGUGGGGCCCUCCUCUGUUUACACAAGGGGUUGGGUUCCCCGGAUCCCAGGCUAAAACCUGAUGAAUGAGGCCAGACGGCAGGAAGAAGAGCAGAAAUAAAAGCAGGAGGUUUCCAGACCCCUAUUCUGACCUCCAAAAAGGCAAGACAAGGAGGGAAAGGGGAUGGGGGUCUGGACACGUUGAGGGAGCUGGAUGGGGUGAGGGAGUCCUGGGUCUAUUCCUCUUCUCUUUGUAGGCCUUGCCGCUGUGCUGUGGAGGAAGGAAGCCGUCUGGGUGUGUGAUUGGAAGGAAGGGCUGCUGGUUAGCAGGGAUCAGGGGUCCACAGGCCAGAGGGUGGGUCAGGAGCUUCAAAGGGUGGUCCUCGGCCAGGAAUAGGUGGAUGGAUGGUCAGCUAGCAGGAGCUAGUGGGAUUCAGGCAGAAACCCAGACAGGUCAGCUCGGCCAGGGAUCAGCAUAGAUCCGAGGGCAGCCCAAGACAAUUCUGGUUGGGAGACCAGGCGGGCAGCCAGUCCAAGGAACAGCAGUGGCUAAUCAGGCCCUCCAUCUAGAUGGGCCACUGAGGUCAUGGGCCAGUUCCAUGGUAAUGAAAGCCCCUGUUGAGUGUAUCCUUCACUGUAGCAGCCCAAGUAGGUGUGACACCCCAGGGGCAGAGCCCCCAAGCGACAGAGACAGACUUCCUUCCCUGGUUGCGGAGGGUGAUGCCCAGACUUUGGGCUGGAGCGCAUUCUUCCCAAACCGAGAGAGCAGGGCCAAAGGGGAGGUGCCCAGGAUGGUCAGUCUGUGAGAGCCUGUGAGCCAGCCACCAGUUGUCAGGAAAAGCGUUCUGCUGGACCCGGCCGCGUGCUCCACCGGGCGGUCAGAUAUGGACAUUGUCAGCUGGAAGCAGACGAUGUCUGCCAAAUGAGCAAGAAGAGGACUGGAGAGGGUCAGUUAUAUGUGCUAUCAGUCAGGGGCAAAUAGGCAGCCCACUUUGCUUUUAGUUAGGAACAUUCGGGUGGUAGGAGACAAGCAGACAGCCUGUGGCUGUUGCCUGGAGACGGUCGGCCAGUCAGCUGGACCUUCAGCCUGACCGAGACUGAACCAGUGAACGGGUCCGUGGGGGCCUCGAAGGGCCAGGAGGCUGGAGAUUGAAGUGUGCAGAGGAGCAGCUGAUAGGUCCCACAGCUGACGACAGUGUCGAAGGGACAGCCUGAGCCACACGUGGGGCCCACGGCAGGGUCAGCCGGCCUACCCGAGACAGCUGGCAGGGAGCUCCUAUGGCCAGCCUGUCGGCGCGGCGGCCAGAGGCAGGCGGGUGGUCGGUCUGAGCAGCCCACGCCCUGGGCAGUGUGAUUGUCAGGACGGUGAACCAGGGACACAGGGAGCCACCCGGACCUUCACGGAGCAUCCGGCCACAUAGAAUCUGCCUGUCAGGAGACCCCCAGAUGGUCAGUCCCCCGGAGGUGGCCAAAGCCUCGGCCAGCCAGCCUCACAGUCCUCCCACCUGAGCAGCCCCAUGGCAGCCUCCCAGUUGGCGGCGCUGGAAGGAGAUGAGUCGGGGGCCGGGGGGCUGCCCUUGACCGAGGCCAGCCCCGGCUUCCUGUACUCCGAGGGCCAGCGGCUGGCUCUGGAGGCUCUGCUGAGCAAGGGCGCAGAGGCAUUCGAGGCCUGCGUGCAGCGCGAGGGUCUGCGGCCCUUCCUGGGCGGGGAAGAGCUCCGGAGCCUGGCGGCGGCGGCCGAAGACUGGACUGCAUGCAAGCAGCCACCAGGCAGGGUGGCAGAGGGAGCCACCGCCACCGAUCGGGACUCCGGCAGCCUGACUUACUGGCCCGGACAGUCAGACGAGCUGGUGCCCACGCUGCGGCUGGGCUGGCCAGAGGACCCGACCUGGAAGGGAAUCACCCGGGCACAGCUGUAUACCCAGCCACCUGACGAGGGCCACCCGCCCCUCAAGGAACUUGUGCGCCAGGAAAUCCAGGCCGCCUGCAAGCUAGUGGCCGUGGUCAUGGACAUCUUCACUGACCCAGACCUGCUUUUGGACCUGGUAGACGCCGCCACACGCCGCUGGGUGCCUGUCUACCUGCUCCUGGACCGCCAGCAGCUGCCUGCUUUCCUGAUGCUGGCCCAGCAGCUGGGGGUGAAUCCCUGGGCCACCGAGAACCUAGAUAUCCGUGUUGUGCGGGGCUGCACUUUCCAGAGCCGCUGGCGACGGCAGGUGACCGGCAACGUGCGGGAGAAGUUUGUGCUGCUGGACGGCCAUAGGGUGAUCUCUGGAUCCUACAGCUUCACGUGGAGCGAUUCUCGCCUGCACCGCGGCCUGGUGACCCUGCUGACCGGCGAGAUUGCCGACGCCUUCAGCCGAGAGUUCCGGACACUGUACGCUGCCUCCUGGCCACUCCCAUCCCCGCCCACCCAGGGCCCCUUUGUCAGCACCGUAGGGGGCCUGCAGCUGGCUCACAACCCCCACCGCGUGGCCCGCCGCCGCUCUGUGGCCCCCAUGUCACCGCCGCCACCCGACGGCCCGCUGGCCCAACGCUUGGCCACCUGCCGGGUCUCUGAGGGCGACAGGCGGGAGAACACAGCUGCCCCAGGGCCAGCGCUGAGCGACAUCCUGAGGAGUGUCCAGCGCGCCCGGCCCCCCAGUGGCCCCCCGGCCCGGCCCAGCCGCUCCCUGUGGGACCUGAGCCGCCUGUCCCAGCUGUCCAGCUCCAGCGACGGUGACAGCGAGCUCAAGAAGUCCUGGGGCUCCAAGGACACCCCAGCCAAGGCCCUGAUGAGGCAGCGGGGCACCGGAGGGGCCCCCAGGGGUGAGACAGAACCCCGUCCUCUGAGCCGGUCCCAGCCCUGGGGCGGCCCCCUGCCCCUCCUCCCCGCACGCCGCCUCCGCUAUCUGUCCCCGACCCAAAGGAGGUCUGGUGAAGAUGCUGCCUCCAAACUUCUGGAACCCCGUGGUGUCCAGCAGCCCGAUUGGGCUGCCCAGGCAGGACUCAGAGAGCGACCCUGACAGGAGCCAAAGCCACACCGGGCCAGCCUG